AUGAAUUUUGACACAACAUGUGGUGAUUAUAAGAUCCUUAAGAUUUCCCAGGACAAAUCACCUAGUGAAAUUCUUGCAUUGAAGAGUGGUUCUUGGAGAAAAAUUGAUGAACAUCCUCGCGACAGUCUCAAAAUGGUGAAUGACAAUGAAUUUAGGACACAGAGAACCUUUUAUAUUGCCUCGAGGUAUCCUUCAGAAUGGAUUCGCUUUUACAAAGAGCUUGAUCUCUCCAAACUUGCUUACUUAGUAUUUGCUUAUGGUAAAAGAUUGAAUGUCUGUCGAACGUCGAUGAAGAUUGUUGAACUGAAUCAGGUCAUGCUUCACUUUCAAGAGGACAUACUUACCAAUAGCCUCAGCAAGUUACAUCUGAAGUCUCUUCUUCGGUUCACAUGUGUUUCAAAAUUUUGGAAAACAUUGAUCGAUGAACAAUAUUUUAGUAUGAAGCAUCUCAUUCAUGCCAAGAAUGACCAAAAUUCCCAAAAAUUUCUCGUUUACCAGUUACUACGCCCAAAUGAAGAUAUAUUUUCCAUAUAUUGUUGUCCUCUGUCAUCGGCUCCAAGGGUUGAGGACGUUCAAGAACUGUGUUUCCCUUUAAAUGUUGAACCAUGGUAUUGCCAAGUCUAUUGUUGUUGUGAUGGCUUUGCUAUUAUUAGCGUAAAUAAUGUUGAUAUUAAUAAACGCGACAUAUUGUUGCUAUGGAAUCCCUCCACGAGAGAAUCAAUUGUGCUUCCCUCUCCAAAAUUUUCAGUGGACUGGUUUACUUGUUUGGGAAUGAGUUUUGACUCAGCUUGUGGUGAUUAUAAGAUCCUUAAGAUUUCCCAGGACAAAGCACCUAGUGAAAUUUUCGCGUUGAAAAGUGGUUCUUGGAGAAUAAUUGAUGAACAUCCUCGCGACAGGAUCAAAACGGUUGUUGGUAUGCAUCCUUUGGCAUUUAGACAUGGGGCAUUUCAUUGGGUUAGUUUUACAAGAAAUUCUUAUUUUGGGGUUUCAUCUAAUAUAUCCCAUGAAAUGUAUGGAGAGAUUCCAUUGCCAAAGGAAGUAUUGUUGUAUAAUGUUAAAAUCGGCAAUUCGGUAUCAGAUGGAAUGCUUUGCCCUUAUUCUAAUGGGUAUCAUCAGAAAAAGCCCACUUUUUAUGUAUGGGUGAUGAAAGAUUAUGGUGUCUAG